AGCGCAAAGGACUUUUAAAGAUCUCUUAAUUCACCUAAUAAUAUUGCACAGCUAGACUUUGACUUGCAAAAAUAUUUCAAUGUUAUAAAGCCCAUUUAUGAUAAAGCUAUGGUAGAUGGUAUACCAUAACACUAUCAUCAUAGGAGCAGAGCAUAAGGGAAGAAAUUAUCGUGUUUGCUGCGUCAACGGUUUUAAGAUUUUUUCUAUCUGUGGUAAUUAAGUAUUGAGUGUAAAACGUCAGACAUCAUCAAUAAUACAAACAUAACCAACAAAACAAGCGUCAAAGCGAUAAACAAAUAAUUAGGUAUUGCAUAAAGUUAGCUCAGUUAGCUAUUGAAAUGAGUCACUCCAUUAACGGAUGGGUUGCAUGCAUGUUGGACACAAUUGGUAAAAAAAUAAGGAAGUGUCACCAGUCAGAACCAUGGCGCGAAUCGAAACGUACGUCUUUAUAGAUUUGGAGACCAGUGGUCUGCCAUAUAAGGAGUUAAAUAAAACUAAGAUUACUGAACUCAGUAUGGUGGCUAUCAGCCGCAAACAGGUGUUGGAGACAAACCCAGGGUCAAUGCCGCGAGUCAUUAGCAAGUUUACAAAGUGUUUUAACCCGAGGCGGAUGAUCGAUCCCGACAGUACCGAAGUUACAGGGCUGUGUAACGACCUACUCGAGAAUGAAACUGCAUUCAACCUAAAUGUAUGCAACAUCAUCAAUAGUUAUCUGGAACUCUUCCAAAAGCCAGUAUGUUUAAUAGCACAGAAUGGGCAUACCUUUGACUUUCCUAUUCUAAAAAAUCAUUUUGAGUUGUUGAAUUGCGCUCUACCCGAUGAUAUACUGUGUGCUGAUAGUCUUAACGCAUUUUAUGACCUGGAAAAGGAAGAAUCUGCAAAUAGACAUCGUUAUAAUGGGGAACUAGCAUCUAGAAAAAGAGUUCUAGAUACAGAUAAUGAGCCAAGCAAUGAGGCCACUUCAGUACCCAAUUAUAAACGAAAGGGCUUAGACAACACACAUAAUGUUGAUAAUGUAAAAACAAGUCUGACUAAAGACUAUGUUGAAAAUGAUGCAAAUACUACCCAAUCAAUGCAAGAGCAGAAUGAAAAAACACCACAAAGAAGGACAACCAACCAGCCAUUAGAGAGGAAAAAAAAGGUUGUAAGAAAACUAUUUUUUGAGAAUGAUAAAAGGCCAGACAAAAGUUAUAAGCUUCAGUAUAUUUAUGAAAGAGUUUUGAGGCGGCCUCCACCAGAAGCUCACAUGGCUGAGAAUGAUUGUGUCAUGGCUAUGGAAAUAGCUAUUGGUUUAGGUCAGAGAUUUGUGGACUGGGUUGCUGAUAACCAUAUGCCCUUUGCUGAGGUAAAAGCUAUGAAAAAAGGUGCUAAAGUGGGACAAUAAUUUAAUAGUAUACUCAGAUUGAUAAAACACUAGUUCUAAACAAACUCUUAUAUUGUGUUAUGCCAUGUGGGUAUUGUGCAUAAGUCAUAGCAUUCUUGUUGGAGUGUUGUGGCCUACACUCCAUUUGUUGUUAUCUAGGCAUGAGCACAUAGCUGAUUAGCAGUUUCUGCUGUUGUAUGGUCUGUGUGGCAAAAACAUACUCAUACCAUUCCAUUGGUCUAUUUAAGGACAUGCUGCUAAAAUUAAAUUCAAUGUUUACUUCCUCGAGAAAUAAUCAGUUUUCUAUGAUUUAUUUCACAACUUGUGUAAUUGUUAUGUUUAUACCACUAAUGACCAUAAUAUUACUUUUAUAGGACUUUUUUACAUUAGCAUUAACUAAUUUUAUAUUUUUCUUUUUAAAAUCGUGUAUUUUAAAUAAUAAGUUUCUUCCAGUUUUGUAGUUAUACCAAUAUUUUGCCAUGUUAUUGUAUUGUUAACUAACAGACUUUUUUGCGCUGUUUGUUUUUCCUGGCAAAAGCAAUGACAAAGUGAAAAAGAAUUUGUGAAUACAUCUUACACAUAGUCAUUGUUAAUUAACUAAGAUUUUUAUAUAUUUUAAUUAUUCUUAACAUACUUGAGCUGUUUUAGUAUCUAAGAAUAUUUUUUUUUAAACUUGAAUUACAUUCAAGUAACAGUUCUGCUAAAGAAAAGCUGUACAGUAUGUGAGCCGACCUAAAUAUGUUGUAUAUUUUGAGCAUAAAUGUUUGUUACAUAUAAUAAUGAUAGAUUUGCAAUUAAAUAUAUUUUGAUCUCAAAUUGAAAUUCGACCAAAAAUGUGCAUUAAUGUUUUCUAAAUUAAUUGAUGUGAUAAAAUUAUAGUUUUAAUUGAAAGUUACA